AUGACGAACGCAACCGUUGCAUCUGAAUAUUCAGCAGAAGUCAAUCAUGUCCCCAUUGAACAUAGAUUCAAUCCAUACUCCGAUAAUGGGGGUACCGUGUUAGGAAUUGCGGGUGAGGAUUUCGCUGUAUUAGCAGGAGAUACAAGACAAGUUGAAGGAUAUUCGAUUCAUUCUCGAUAUCAACCAAAAGUAUUUAAUGUUGGUGAUGAUAUUAUAAUGACUGCCAAUGGAUUUGCUGCUGAUGGUGCUGCUUUAAUAGAUCGUUUUAAGAAUCAAUUGAAAUGGUAUAAAUUUGAUCAUGGUGGAAAGAAAUUAAGUAUUCAAAGUGCUGCAAGAUAUAUUCAACAUUUAUUAUAUGGUAAGAGAUUUUUCCCAUAUUAUGUUUAUACUAUAAUUGCUGGAUUAGAUGAAAAUGGUAAAGGUGCAGUAUAUUCAUAUGAUCCAGUUGGUUCAUAUGAAAGAGAGCAAUGUAGAGCUGGAGGUGCAGCUGCAAGUUUAAUAAUGCCUUUCCUUGAUAAUCAAGUUAAUUUUAAAAAUCAAUUUGAACCAGGUACAGAUGGUAAACAAAAGAAAGAAUUAAGAUAUUUAUCAUUAGAUGAAGUUUUAGAAUUAGUUAAAGAUGCAUUUUCAUCAGCCACUGAAAGACAUAUAUAUGUUGGUGAUGGUUUAGAAAUUUUAAUUGUUACAAAAGAUGGUGUAAGAACUGAAUACUAUCCAUUAAAGAGAGAUUAA